AUAUGCGCAUGCGCAGUUAACUUGGGACACGCACGUCGCGUUUUAUUUAGAGGCGCCAAAAAGAAAAACAACUACGUUCCAGUUUACGAUAUGCUUAAAAAGUUGUGAGAUCAGAGUUUUUUUUAGUUAGGUAUUUUACUUACUUGCAAAUGUGAACCUUCUGGGGUUAACGUUCACGUGUAACGAAUGUGUCCGGGCUAAUGCUAAUGGUUUCUAGCUAACAGGAAGCAUGUGUGGGUUUGACAGAUUUUGUUAUCGACUAUAACACGGGGUGAGAAUAAACGUCUGGUGAGUAAAAUGGGACGGAAGAAACAGAGCAAGUUUGUGCGCCCUGACAACAAGGGAAAAGACAAACGACACAAAGCGAAAGGGAAAACUUUAGAGGCUUUUACAGAAGAAAUGCACUCUGCAGUUGAAGCAAAUCUUCACAGAGAGGAAGGAGCAGAGAGCCCUCAAGUGAAGCUACCUUGUCCUCUUGCCAUGUGGGAGCUGGGCCAUUGUGACCCCAAACGUUGCACGGGCCGAAAGCUGGUCCGCAAGGGAUUUGUACGCAACCUGCGCCUCAAUCAGAGGUUUAACGGACUCAUUUUGAGUCCCAUGGGUACAAAGUAUGUGACACCAGCUGACAGGGAGAUCGUGGCCCAAAAUGGGCUGGCGGUGAUUGAUUGCUCUUGGGCCAAGCUGGAAGAGACGCCCUUCAAUAAGAUGGUCGGAAGUCAUCCGCGCCUGCUGCCUUACCUCGUCGCUGCCAAUCCGGUCAACUACGGGAAGCCUUGCAAAUUAUCUUGUGUUGAGGCUUUUGCUGCCACUUUUUGUAUCGUGGGUUUCGAGGAACUGGCCGCGCUCUUGUUGAAGAAAUUCAAAUGGGGGACUGUGUUCCUGGAGCUCAAUAAAGUUCUGCUGAAGCGCUAUGCUGCCUGCCAGUCGGAGGAAGAGCUGCUCACUGUCGAAAAGGACUUUCUCACCACGAAACCAGAGGAGGAGGACAUUGAUCCGUUUGAUGUCAACUCAGGAGUGGAAUGUAUGAAUCUCAACAGACGUCACUGGGAACCCGAUGAGGAUUUUAGCGAGGGCACUGACACAUCAGAGGAUGAUGAUGAUGACGACGACGAUAAUGAUGAUGAUGACGACAACAACGAUGAUGAAGCGGGAAAUGGAAAAAAAGAAUGAUGAGUCAGAAAACGUCUCACACAGAGAUGAAGGGGCAGCAGCAAAGUCAUCACAAUAAAACAGAUUU